CGAUUACAUUCGAAGAAUGGUCAACAUCAACAGAAUGGUGGAAAACAUCAAGAUUUUAGAGCUCCUACAGGAGCAGCUCCAUCUUCACAUCACGGCGGUGGAGGUCGGAACCGCCUUCCUACCCACUAUGCUGCUGCCGAUGAUCCGGUUGUUCCCCGAGUAAAUAAUCAAGAAGUCUCAGGCGACUUCUUGGGCGUCA